AUGGAUCCUGUGACGGCAUUUGGGCUUUUUUCAGGCGCCAUACAGGUCCUGCAGGCCAUCGCCUCAACCGUUGGCGGCCUACGCCAGCUGACGGGGAAAUUACGAGAGGCCGAUUUCACCAUCCAAUCCCUGAUUCAGGAGCUAGCGUGUAUUCGGACUGCGCUCACCAGCCUCAAGGAGUGGCUCCGCAUCCACCGUAAUGGCAACGGUCGCGAUGGGACCAAAUUUGACGAGCUUGACCAGGACCUCGCCGUCGCCAUGGACGGAUGUCGCGUCAUCAUGGAGGUCCUGUCGUACGAGGUAUUUGAGUUGGUCCAGAGUGCAGAAGAGAGCGGGGCCAUCAAUUUCAAGACCCGUAUGAAGAUUGUUUGGAAUGAAGAUACCAUGAGGGGGCAUCAGGAGAAGCUGCGUGCUCAAGUUCAGGCGUUGCAGUUGCUCCUUCAAGUCUGUCAAUGCCAUUCCUCCACUGAGCAAGUCCGUCUGCUGAGAAGAGCGACAACCCGUCAAAUCAUAGGCAAAGUCGCCGAUGAUACUGCGACACUGAGGACCGGUCGGCUCAGUCGCUCGGCGACCGACGCGGACGCCAUAUCGCAGAGCAGCAGUCGACGGGCUUUCAGCGAUCGGAUCUUUGAUUUUGAUGCGACCAUCAUGGACUCACCUGUUUACCAACGAGCUUUGCAACAAUGGACGACCCCCAGUCUACCUUUGGAAACUCAGCAGUCUCAGUCGCAAUCAAGCCAACCCAGUAUUAGCGUCACUCAAAGCUCCUUCACCGACGAGGGCUAUAGCAGCUAUCAUUCAGGGGGGCAUAACAAUGCUGCGCUGUCACCCGAUAUGGCUCAGCAGCAAGAGAGCUUUCUUGCGUUGCCGAAAACUCCUUCAGCACCAUUGCAUAGCAGGAGUGUAUCUCAUACGCAAGUUCCAUUGCGACAAAAUGUCGGCAGUAUACGACGAAUUGUAUCUGACUCGAAGACUUUGACACGGGGGCAAUCAUCUGGAUCUAAGCUAGAAAGAUUCUCGUCCUUUUUCGGUCGCAUCAAUACAACCAGCCGAAGGAGUCUAAGGGUAUCGACAGUGAGCUCACAGCAAUCCCCCAUUAGUCCAAAUACCCAGGGCCGACACCGAUUACGUCCAAACUUUCAUACAAGCAUUGAUCUCACCAAAGAUGGUGCAUCGGUAUCCCCGCUUAUAAAAGCUGCCCAAUCAGGCUCUCGAGAUGAAGCAGAAAGACUCAUCGAGCGAGGGUUCAAUAUUGAAGAGCGGCACGAUAGAUCGGGUCGAAACGCGCUCUUAGUCGCUUCUCAUUGCGGCAAAGAGAGCGUGGUCGAUCUGUUAAUCCAAUGUGGCGCUCAACUUUCCGUAACGGACGGGUCAGGCGAGACGGCUCUCCAUUUGGCCGCAUCGCGAGGUCACUGGGAAGUAAUGGAACUGCUGUUGAUGGACCCGAGUCUCAUUGAAAUUCCAAAUCUCAAGGGCCGUACUGCAUUGCGUGUAGCGGCAGACUGUGGGCAACCGGAUUCUGUGCAGGUGCUACUCAUGCACCAUGCUCAAGUGAAUGCACGGGCCGAAAACCAGAUGACAGCUCUGCAUGCCGCUGCAAAGCGUGGUGACGGCGAGAUUGUGCAACUGCUGGUCGCUCAUGGAGCUGACGUGGAAGCUAAGGAUGGAACAAUGAUGACAGCGUUACAUUAUGCUUGCGAAGAAGGCCAUAUUGACGCCAUCCGGAUUCUCCUGGACAAUAGGGCAAACAUCGAGGCUCAAGGUCGAGAUCGCAAAACGCCAUUGAUUUCUGCAGCCGAAGCUGGACGUGCACAGGCAGUAGACUUUCUUCUCAAACGAAAAGCAUCUUCACGCAGCACUGAUGACAACGAAAUGACUGCCCUUCAUUGGGCGGCUUAUAAUGGGCACGAACAGACCGUCAGAACUCUGAGCGAAAAGAAAGGAUUACUUGAAAUGGUUAACAGUGUGGGUCGAACGGCACUGCAUUUAGCGGUCGUACAAUCACACUUUGCUGUUGUGGAAUUUUUGCAGCGUAAGGGGGUUCCCCUUGAGACUCGGUGCAAAAACGGCCUCACAGCUCUUCAUUAUGCAUGCAUGGCUGACAGCUUCGAAAUAACACGGCUGCUGCUUUUGACGGGUGCUGAUGUUGAAGCGUCUGAGUCCCAACACCAAGCGCGGCCUCUGCAUAUCGUUGCGGCUCGGGGCUCAAUAUUCCUGUUAGAUUUACUCUGUGAGAAGGGAGCAUCACUCGAUGCCCGUAACGGUGUUGGUGAUAGGCCUCUCGGCGUGGCUAGCCGGUAUGGCCAUGUUGAGGUUGUCCAAAAACUGCUCGAUCGAGGAUCGCCGCUUUCUCUCAAAUUUGGCACUUGA